UGAAAUAAGACCAAUAGGUUAAAUAUCGUAACUGAUUCAGACGUAUACAAAAUAACGGUGCCUGAAUACUGGGAACGAUAAACUAAGACGCAAAGAAUUUACGCAAUAGAGGAAGAGACGGAGACUGAGAGAGGCAAGAAAAUCACAGAGAACUGAGGAUUCUGAGAAAGAGAAGGAGAGGGUCUAUAUACAAAUUAGAAGGAUGGCUGUUAAUGGAACAAAUGAAGAAACUAAGAAAUCCAGAAGUGUUAUAGAACUUGAAAAAUUUGAUGCUCUAUUCCCCAGUCUAGUUGAAGAUAUUAAGAAUAUCGGAAUGAAAGAUGCUCAUGUUGCUUUGGUUAUGGAUAAAAUGCAAGAGGUGAUCGAGUAUAAUGUACCAUUUGGUAAGAAAAAUAGGGGAAUGGCAGUGGUAUUAUCAUUCUAUCAACUAGCUCAGAAUCCUACAGAUGAUGAUAUCAGGAGAGCUAGAAUUCUAGGCUGGUGUAUUGAGUUUUUUCAGGCAUUUUCCCUAAUGGUAGAUGAUAUGUUAGAUUCUUCUAUUACUAGACGAUGUAAACCUUGUUGGUAUAAAAGGGAGAAUGUAGGGCUACUAGCUAUCAAUGAUUCCUACUUUCUAGAAUCUGCCAUGUACUUUCUUCUUAAAAAACACUUCCGAGAUCAACCAUAUUAUGUUCAUUUAUUAGAAUUAUUUCAUGAUAUUACUCAAUUAACUGUGACUGGAGAAUGUUUAGAUUUAAUAACAUCCAGACCAGAAAGUAAAAUAGAUUUUACUAAUUUUACCAUAGAUAGGUAUAAUACUAUAGUUAAAUGGAAAACAGCUUAUUAUUCCUUUUAUUUACCAGUUGCCAUGGCAAUGUAUAUGGCUGGAAUAUCCGAUGAUGAAUCACACAACACUGCCAAAAGUAUUUUAUUAAAAAUGGGCCAUUUCUUUCAAGUACAGGAUGACUACCUGGAUUGUUUUGGUGCACCAGAAGUUAUAGGUAAAAUAGGUACUGAUAUACAAGAUAAUAAAUGUAGCUGGCUGGUCGUUCAAGCAUUACAAAGAGUCACUCCAGAACAAAGACAAGUUUUACAGGAAAAUUAUGCUCAAAAUGAUGAAGAAAAAAUAGAAAAAGUGAAAAAACUAUAUCGUGAUUUAAAUUUAUCACAAGUUUAUCAGGAUUAUGAAGAAAAAAGUUAUCAAGAAUUAAUGAAUUUAAUAGAAAAAUCUAGUGGAAAUUUACCUAAACAAAUGUUUAUAGCUUUUGCUAUGAAAAUAUACAAGAGGAAGAAGUAA